CGACGCGACCCGUGUAUCGCGCCGUGAAUAAAAGCACCAUCAUCCUCCUGCAACAGGAACGUCGUUGUGCUGGAGAUAAGGGCAUCCUCCCAGCUCCCAUACGCUCAUGACUAUCGACUAGGGUCGCUCAUUUACGCUUCAAGCCGGGGGAUAUAAGGACCGCAUUAUGGUGAAACACCGUCCAGAGAGAGACAGCUGGGGGUCUCUGAAUGACAAAAAUGUCUACGAGUGGAGCUCAGAGGAAGAGGAGCCGGACGGACGAGCCCGGCCCAUCCAGGUGCUGCUGGUCAAAGACGACCACACCUUCGAGCUGGACGAGGCGGCGCUGAGCCGCAUCCUGCUGUCCGAGGAGGUCAGGGACCGCGAGGUGGUGGCCAUCUCCGUGGCGGGGGCUUUCCGCAAGGGCAAGUCCUUCCUCAUGGACUUCAUGCUGCGUUACAUGUACAACCACGCGUCCGAACACUGGCUCGGAGACGCAAGCGAGCCUCUGACCGGCUUCUCCUGGAGGGGGGGCUCGGAGAGGGAAACCACUGGCAUCCAAAUCUGGAGCGAGGUCUUUCUGGUGGACAAACCAGAUGGAAGAAAGGUCGCCGUGUUGCUGAUGGACACGCAGGGCACAUUCGACAGCCAAUCCACGCUGAGGGAUUCAGCCACCGUGUUCGCCCUGAGCACCAUGAUCAGCUCCAUGCAGGUUUACAAUAUAUCACAGAAUGUACAAGAGGAUGAUCUCCAGCACUUGCAGCUCUUCACUGAGUAUGGCAGACUAGCGAUGGAGGAGACGUUCCUCAAACCUUUCCAGUCCCUGAUUUUCCUGGUUCGAGACUGGAGUUUUCCGUACGAGUUUCCAUACGGACAGGAGGGCGGCAUGAAGUUUCUUGAGAAGAGACUGAAGAUCUCGGAGAACCAGCACGAAGAGCUUCAGAACGUGCGCAAGCACAUCCACUCCUGCUUCACCAACAUCUCCUGCUUCCUGAUGCCUCACCCCGGCCUCAAGGUGGCCACCAACCCGAACUUUGACGGAAGGAUUAAAGAGAUCGAUGGGGAGUUCAUAAACAACCUGAAGAUCCUGAUCCCCUGGAUCCUCAGUCCUCGGAACAUCGACGUGAAGGAGAUCAACGGCAGCAAGAUCACCUGCAGAGGCCUGCUGGAGUACUUUAAGGCAUACAUUAAAAUAUACCAGGGGGAAGAGUUGCCACAUCCUAAGUCAAUGCUGCAGGCCACAGCGGAGGCCAAUAAUUUAGCAGCCGUCGCAGCUGCCAAGGAUCUGUACAACAAAAAAAUGGAGGAGGUCUGCGGAGGCGACCGGCCCUUCCUGGCCCCCAGCGAGCUGCAGAGCCGACACGCCACCAUCAGGGAGGAGGCCCUGCAGCUCUUCCGCGGCGUCAAGAAGAUGGGUGGCGAGGAGUUCAGCCGCCGCUACCUGCAGCAGCUGGAGGGCGAGAUCGACGAGGUGUUCGUCCAGUACAUCAAGCACAACGACUCCAAGAACAUUUUCCACGCCGCCCGCACGCCGGCCACGCUCUUCGUGGUCAUCUUCGUCAUGUACGUGGCGGCGGGGAUCACGGGCUUUGUGGGCGUGGACAUCAUCGCCAGCCUGUGCAACAUGAUCCUGGGCCUGGCGCUGAUCACCCUCUGCACCUGGGCCUACAUCCGAUACUCCGGGGAGUACAGGGAACUGGGCGCCGUCAUCGACCAGGUGGCUGGGGCACUUUGGGACCAGGGGAGCACAAAUGAGGUGGGUAUUACGAAGAGCCAGGCUCUGUACAAGCUGUACAAUGUAGCGGCCAACCACCGGCACCUGUACCACCACGCUUUCCCCGGGGCCCACGCGGACGCCGCCGCCCAGGAGCGGGACAAGAAGAAGGACUGAUGACAACACUGCAGGGACUUUUCUGGGUUUUUUUUUUUUUUUUGGUUUUUUUUGGGAGGGGGAGGGAAGGAGAGGGGGGACGUCCUCACCCGUCGGGCACUACUCUAUUCUGGUGAUGGCUGCUGCUGCAGCCAGCGAACCCAGACACUUACUUUAAUUGCUUAUAUUGAACUUUAGAACGUUUCCUGCAUCAGAAAUGUCCGAGCGCCGCCUCGGCGUGGGGGGUCUGCUGUCGAAGCGUGGGCUCCAGUGUACCAUCGUCGUUCACCUGUCGUCUCCACAGACGCACUCCGCCGGAGGAGACCUCCGAGCGUCCGGCCUGCAGUCUGCUGUUUAUUUCACGUCACACUGAUUUCUCCGUCAUUUAACGCGGGCAAUGCUUUACCUACAGAGUAUUGCCGAGUUUGUGAAAUAACCACUUGUGACAAGCGUUCUGUUCUUUAGGGUUUUCGUGCUGUUUAUAUAUAUAUAUAUAUAUAUAUAUAUAUAUAUAUAUAUAUAUAUAUAUAUAUAUAUAUAUAUAUAUAUAUAUAUAUAUAUAUA